AUGGCAAAUAAUCCCAAAACACAUGCUCAAUUAUAUGGACUGUUUUUAUAUAGGAAGAAGGAUAUAAUAGCUAUUCAGGAAAAACUCGGUAUUGGUGGGAAUGCAAAUCAGUUGGCAGUGCCUCCAGAUUCCGAGCUCAUGGGGAAAACACUUGCUGAUUCGUUCGAAUUGUUGUUAGAAUUGGUAGGGGAUUUAAUAUCGAUACAAGAGUAUCUCAACAUUAAUGAUGAUAUAAUAGCAAUUCAAGAAGAGCUUGGUAUUGUUGGUUAUUCUAACCAAGAAAGGGCAGAAGAGGCCGAUAAAAAUGCAAGAGUAUAUCUCCAAAAGUUUGAGGAGUUUCACGGUCCCUUAGAAGAUGUCCCAAGUGUGCUAAUACAGAAAUUCAUCGAUAGGGGAGUAAAAAUGUUUUAUUCUACCGGAGAAGGGCUUCCAUUAUUUCCGAAGGUCUCUCCUCAACAAUUGCACGAAAUAUUCGUCAAAAAUCCAUCUAGCACCGGACAGUGCCCAUGUCUAAAACAGUUAGAGGUAAACACAAUCAUGACAAGUAAUACUAAUAUUAGUUCUGAUCAAGUCGAUGAUGAGCUACAUGAAGAGCUUUUAUAUGAAGUGCUUUUGUAUAAGAAGAAAGAUAUAAUAGCUAUUCAGAAAAAGCUCGGUAUGCUUCCAGACCGGAGGAAGGGACCUAUUGAGAAUAUAUAUCAAACAGCAUUAAAUCAAAGCAAAAAAGGAAAAACACUUGAUUUAGUGGGGGAAUUAAUAGAUAUACGGGGAGAUCUCGGUGUGGCCGACCACCCCAUUCUUACUACAUUAUAUGGAAAUAUGCAAGAAUUUGAUGACGUAACAUUUGGGAAAAUGUCACUUGGGACAUUAUAUCAUUUGCUUUUAUAUUUGGAAGAGGAUAUAAGCACGAUUCAAGAUCAUCUUGGUAUUGACAGUCAUUCUGAUCAGGAAAUAAGUGGAUUAGAAGAAGCCAAUAAAAAUGCAAGAGCGUAUCUUCAGCGAAGCAUUUACGGGUAA